AUAUGUGCAUUUGCUGUCAAAAUGUAAAGUGUAUAUAUAUUUAUAUUUUUUGGCAAACAUAAAAAACUUUCUCACCACCAUUAUUUGCGGCGGCAAAGGUGCAGCAUUUAAGUGUGCCUCUGCCACUAGCAGCAACAACAACAACAACAACAACUGAAACGACAAUAAGAACAGCAAAACGUUGUGUUUGCCAUUACUAGCCGCCCGCUGCCGACGACGCCAGCAACACAAACACACACACACGCACACACACAAAAGACGAUGACGUCCAAAAGCGAUAAGGAAAUUCUCGCCAAUUCCAUGUACGAAGAUGAUCCCAAUGGCAAUUCAGCACCCACAGCAUUGGAUCAGGAUCAGGAGGAGGGGAGGGCGGCGGCAAAUGACGCGGCAGCAACGAGAACAACAACAACAAUUCCAGCGACAGCAGCGACUUCUCCGCGUUGGGGGCCACAGAACAAAGGUGCACAGGAGCUGGCAUCCCUCUAUAGUCCAGGUAAACGUGCACAGGAAAUCAUAUGUGUUUACACCUGCAUCGGCCUGAUGAUCAUCAAUUUAGCACUAAUUGUGAAGCACUUGCGUUUGGAGCGAAUCAGCGUGACCUUCAUCUCCGCCUUGUGUGGCAUCAUAACGGCAGACUUUGCUUCCGGCCUGGUGCAUUGGGCCGCGGAUACCUGGGGCUCGGUGGACUUACCCAUAAUUGGAAAGAACUUUUUGCGGCCAUUUCGCGAGCAUCAUUUGGAUCCAACGUCGAUAACACGUCACGAUUUCAUUGAGACGAAUGGCGACAACUUCAUGGUGGGCAUACCCAUACUUGGCUACUUGGCGCACUAUUUUUAUGUGAGGUCACCGUGUGAAAUACAGCAGAAUUUCGGCUGGAUAGCCUAUGUAUUCCUAUGCUCCAUCUUUGUGGCUAUGACAAAUCAGAUACACAAAUGGUCGCACACGUACUGGGGCCUGCCAAGGUGGGUGCUGUUGCUGCAGAGCUGUCACAUUAUUCUACCGCGCAAACAUCAUCGCAUUCAUCAUGUGGCGCCGCAUGAGACGUACUUUUGCAUUACCACCGGCUGGCUAAAUUGGCCACUGGAGCAGCUUAGAUUUUGGUCAACCUUCGAGUUUAUUAUUGAACGCUUUACGGGCCUAAAGCCGCGCGACGAUGAUUUGAAAUGGGCUAAGAAACUCACAUAGCUAUGCUGUCCUGCGACUGUAUAUAGAACCUGGACCAAGCAGCGUUAGCAAAGCUUGCCAAUUGUUAGAAUGAACGAAUAUAACCAAAGAGAGCAACAAAAGGCACUCGCAACAACAAUUAUUUGUAUUUUCCACAUCGAAAAAUAUAAGCUUUUAUAAUUUAUAUUAAAGUGUGUGACCACUGAAAUAGAAAGAAAGAAAAUUACCUAGUUAUUAGUUUAAAAAGUUUGUUACCAAUAAUUCAGUUAAGUAAAAUUUGUUUGCGAAUGGUUGUUUAUGUA